AUGGCAGCCCACCAGAUUCUUGGCACCGAAACCGAUAUCUCCGAGGAGUUUUUGAUAGCUCGAAUCAUCGACCUUCAUGGAAGCAUCUCGAGGCUUGAAACCCUAAAGCCAUGCAAGGAAGUGAACGGCCUGUUCACCAAGCUUGUGAAAUUUUGCAUUUUGCCUUGUUCAAUAGAUGUCACCACAUUGCCACCCCAUUUACAAGCCAUUCGUGAGAGCCUCAUACUUUUAUGUGGCCGAGCCGAGGGGUUACUCGAGUUAGAAUUCUCGACCAUGCUCGGAAAAAUCCCGAAACCUCUCAACAAUCUUACUCUAUUUCCAUAUUAUGACAACUACAUCAAAUUAGCCCACCUUGAAUACAAGAUAUUGAUUGACAAUGGAAUUGUGAAUCCUAAAAGGGUAGCUUUUGUGGGGUCCGGUCCUCUUCCUCUAACUUCCAUUAUAUUGGCCAUGCAGCACAUGAAGAACACGUAUUUCGACAACUACGACAUCGAUAGCAUGGCAAAUGAGGUGGCGGGAAAGAUCGUGGCUUCGGACGGUGAGUUGGAGGGAAGAAUGAAGUUUUGGACGAGGGAUAUUGUUGAGGUAGGAGAAGAGCUUGAGGGAUACGAUUGUGUGUUCUUGGCAGCUCUUGUGGGGUUGAAGAAGGAAGAUAAAGUGAAGAUUUUAAGUCACUUGAGAAAGUAUAUGAAACAAGGUGGGGCUUUGGUUGUGAGAAGUGCUAAAGGAGGUCGAGCCUUUUUGUACCCUGUGGUUGACGUCGCCGACAUGGCUGGCUUUGACAUUCUCUCUAUUUUUCAUCCCUCCGAUGAUGUCGUCAAUUCCGUUCUCUUGGCUCGCAAGCCUAUACUCAUAUGA